CUAUUUUAAAGGGAUUUGGAUCUCGAGGUUUCAUUGUUUGUUACGCGGUAGUUUGUUGUUUUGAUGGAUUAGGACGGAUAGAUAUGGUGUCGUCAACGCAUCCUCUAGUUACUACUCCUAAAACAUACUUACUUACGCAACAUGGCGCACCCCCUGGACUAUUGGAGGCAGCAACUACCAACCUGGACUAACCGCCUACAAACAAACAUCCACGACCUCGUGCAACCAGGAACUGCCAGAGCAACACAAUAUCCCCAUCUCCACGAAGCAUUCGCAGGUCGACUUGACGAGGCCUGGAUCGCGAGACAUGGCGAACAAGUCUCGCUGUGCGACGAACAUUACACACUUGAUAACGGUAAUGCGGCCAGGGCUGACGCAGAUGAGUUCCAGGCAUAUGUGAAUCAUGGGAAUGAGCUCCCAUACGAGAACGCGGAAUACCGGCUCCGGAAUAUGUGUCGCGUGCUGAAGGGGCGUAUGACUCCUUAUGCGAAUAUCGGUGGUGGCACCUACGGCACUGUCUUUCUUGCUCGAGAGCCCGAUAAAGAGAACCAUACGAAAUACAAGCACUACGCAAUCAAAGUUGAAACACACUGGAACAUGGCAAAUCGAGUGGUCUUCAACUGUAAACCUACUAUGACCGUUCUCGACGAGCUCACACGCCAAGGAUGCCACUACAUCCCCCACGAGGCGCUUCUUUUGAUGCUAGUGUAUAAUAAUGACAGGUUCCCAAAGAUUGACUCGGUCUACGUCGAUGAUGAGGCACACUCAAUUGUCAUGGAAGCGUGUAUAGAUCCUGAUCUUCUCAGAAUAGACCCUAAGGAAUUACAAACAAACGACCCAGAGCUAAGGCGUAUCAUUGCUUUCACGGGCAUGUACCUCACACACAAAAAGAAGCCUAUUCUUAACGAGGAAGAAGUGUGUAAGGUUUCGUCGCAGAUUUUCGAGGGUUUUGCUUAUCUUCGGCAUAUGAAUAUUUCCUACGGCGACCUGUCCAAGGCUAACUUUAUUGUCGAUGAGUCUCUCAAUACAAAACUAAUCGACCUAGGAAUGACCACCUUCGGCUUCACCGACUCCGACUUCCAAGCAAACUCUUGGGCCCACGUAAUCGGCCAAGAAAACAUCCUCACCCCAGAGAUCGCCCUCGAACUCUCAAAACCGGACUUAGAACUCCAAGACCGACACCAAAUCCAAGUAGACAUCCACAUCCCCCAUGACACCCGCAUCGCUCAUCUCUGGCGAAUCGGCGCCCUCACCUACGAAAUGCUACAUGGCUAUGCACCCUGGGAGUCGCCCAACUGGGAACCCGCGUUGGGCAAGGUGGAUGAGUCUAGGCCCACUGAUACGCACUGGAAGGAGGUUUAUAAGCGGCGAGAUCGGAUUAUUAAUGAGGAGUUGCCGGUUCGGGAGGACUUGUCACAGGAUUGUGUGGAUAUGUUGAGGAUGAUGUUGCAUAAGCAGCCGACGGAGAGGGCGACACUGGAGGAAUUGUGUUCGGUGCCUUGGUUUGGGCAGUGGGCUUAUCAGGAUGAUAUGGUGUGGGUACGGCCAGAUUCUGAGCCAUAUAACCAAAAGAGAAGGGAUGAGAGUCUUCCUUGUUGGAGGAGGACGUUUUGAUAGUAAGGCAAGUUUUGAUAUUCGUUAAAGAAUCAGUGCUGACAAAACGUUGUCGUUAAUCGAUGUCUCUAUAGCUGCUGUAUAAAAGAAGUGGUUGUUGCCAUAUGGCGUUGCAACUGUAGAAUUGA